AUGAGCAUUCCAAACUCGACGACCGCGCCUGCUGCGGGCGAGUACGCUGGAGAUGAAGUCUCCGCGAUUGUCCUCGACCCCGGCUACUCGACCGUACGCGCUGGCUUCGCCGGUGAAGAUGUGCCCAAGUCCGUUUGUCCGUCCUUUUACGGCGAAAAAGACGGCUCCUACCAUUUUGGCGAGAACGCGAUACAUGCGCCCACGGGCGGGCACGAGAUCAAAAACUACUGGGGCAGCGAUGGCAUCGUCCAAGACUGGGACAUUGCAACGAAGCUGUGGGAGUAUGCCAUCACCAGCAGGCUCACGGGCGCAAAGCCCGGCGACCCGUCAAGAAACGGGCUAAACGAUGGGACGUCAAACGGCGAGGCUACAGACGUGGACAUGGAAGGCGUAGAGAACAACGAGAAGCCACUGGAAGACAGCCCGCUGCUCGUCACAGAACCCGGGUGGAACAGCGCAAAGGCACGGGAAAAGUACAUUGAAAUCGCCAUGGAAGACUGGGGCGCACCCGCUUUCUUCCUGCAAAAAACGGGCGUGCUGGCUGCUUUUGCCUCUGGCAAGUCCUCGGGCAUCAUCAUCGACGUGGGCGCCUCGCACACGUCCGUCACGCCUGUCCUCGACGGCAUGGUGCUCCGCAAGGGCGUCAUGAAGUCCCCCUUGGCCGGCAACUUUGUGUCGUCGCAAAUCCGCCAAAUCUUCAAGCAAGCCACGCCCGAAAUCCCCUUGGUACCACACUACAUGGUUGCCUCCAAGACGCCCGUCGACGCCGGCGCGCCCGCCCAAGCGACGUACAAGACCUUUGACAUUCCCCCGACCGCCUCCUUCCGCCUCAACGAAGAGGAGCGCAUCCUCACGGAGUUCAAAGAAUCCGUCGUCGAAGUCUGGCCCGGCCCCGGCCGCUUCAGCAACGGGACCAACGAGGAAAUCGCAAAAAACACGCCCGGCCGACCGUUUGAAAUGCCGUCUGGGUGGAACCAAGUCUUCACCUCUGAACGCUUCCGCGCCGCUGAACCGCUCUUCGACGCCAGCGCCGCCCUCCCCGUCGACGGCAUGCCGAAGCCAAAGGACGAACAGACGAUUCCCAAGCUCGUGCAAGCCGCCGUCGCCCAGGUCGAUGCGGAUCAGCGGCCCAUGCUGCUGUCCAACAUUGUGGUCACGGGUGGAUCCACUCUGCUGUACAAAUUCAACGACCGCCUGAAUUACGAAAUCAAUGCGCAGUAUCCCAGUACGCGGAAUAAACUGAUUGCGCCGGGGAGUGUGGUGGAGCGCAAGUAUGCGGCGUGGAUUGGGGGCAGUAUUUUGGCGAGCUUGGGCAGCUUUCAUCAGCUGUGGAUUUCGAGGAAGGAGUACGAGGAGCAUGGGGCGGGCAUUGUGGAGAAGAGGUGUCGGUAG